AUGGCUGAGAUGCUCCUGAAGGCCCAAAAAUACAUGAACGCGGAAGACGCUCUAGCUGCCAUAAAAGAUACCGAGAGGCUAGGAGACAAGUUCAAGAGGGAAGACGACCGCAGAGGGCAAAAGAGAGACAGACCAGAACGUCGGAACAGUGACGGGAAUAGAAGGAGAGAUGACAAAAAUCCUCGUCAGGUAAACAGCGUCCACGCCAUUCCUCCGUCCAAGUACCAACGAACAUACCAAGAUAUGUCCUUUAAUGAAGGAGACGCCCGGGGAGUGAAGCAGCCUCACAACGAUCCCCUGGUCAUAGUGCUGAAUAUAGAAAGGUUCACUACCAGAAGGAUCCUUGUUGAUAACGGGAGCUCAGCGGAUAUCAUCUACCUCCCAGCCUUCCAACAGUUGAAGUUAGAUCCAAAAAGGCUUCGUCCAUUCGACUCUCCGCUUGUCAGUUUCAGUGGAGACAGGGUCUACCCCAGGGGUAUAGUAACUCUGACGGUGACAGCAGGAACCUAUCCGUUGCAGCUGACCAAACAAGUAGAUUUCCUGGUUGUAGAUUGCCCCUCGUCCUACAAUGUCAUCAUUGGGCGGCCUACCCUAAACAAGUGGAAGGCAGCAACGUCAACUUACUGUUUGAAGGUGAAAUUCCCAACAGACGAUGGUGUGGGGGAAGUGAAGGGUGAUCAGGUCCUGGCAAGGGAGUGCUACCAGGCCGUACUGGCCAGAAAGGAGAACCACACGUGGACGAUAGAAGAAAAAGAGGAAGACAGAGUGGAGGUCCUGGAAGCAGUGGAAUUGGUAGAAGGGAAUGCGGACAGGACAACCAGGAUAGGGACGACGCUAAGCCCUGAGAUGAGAGCGAGACUCAUAAAGUUCCUUAAAGGGAAUCUUGAUGUCUUUGCAUGGAGUCACGAGGACAUGCCAGGCAUAUCUUCAGAGGUCAUCCAGCAUCGACUGAAUGUGGACCCCAACAGGAAGCCUGUUCAGCAACGACGAAGAACUUUCGCUCCAGAGCGAGAUCAGGCAGUAGCAGAGGAGGUAACCAAACUCUUGACGGCUGGGUUCAUCCGGGAGGUAUACUACCCAGAAUGGCUCACCAACGUCGUCCUGAGAGGAAUAGAAGCCAAUCCAGAAAAAGUACAAGCUAUCAUUGACAUGGCCCCACCAAAGACUGUCAAGGAUGUACAAAAACUUACAGGCAAGAUAGCAGCUCUAAAUAGGUUCGUCUCUAGGGCCACAGAAAAAUGCUUGCCCUUUUUCAAAACCCUCAAGCAGGCUUUUGCUUGGACUGAUGAAUGCGAAGCAGCGUUCCAAGAGCUGAAGCGAUACCUGAGCAGUCCGCCUCUCUUGAGCCCGUCCAAAGGAGGGGAGAACCUAUACUUGUACCUGGCGGUGUCAGCCUCGGCAGUAAGCGCAGCCUUGAUUAGAGAAGAAGACGAGAACGGAACUACAGACGAAGUUGAUAAAUGGACAAUACAGACGGAUGGUUCGUCAGCCCAAAAGAGGGGGGGAGUAGGGGUCGUCAUAACUACCCCCGACGGAGAAGUGAUGAAAUAUGGAGUUCAACUGGAAUUCCCAGCCACCAAUAACGAAGCCGAAUAUGAAGGAAUAUUGACGGGCUUGAGGCUUGGAAAAGCUCUUGGUGCCAAAAGUUUGCUGGUCCAGAGUGAUUCAAAGCUAGUAAUCGGACAGAUCAGUGGAGAGUACGAGGCAAAGGAAGAAAGGAUGCAGAAAUACCUUAAACUGACGAGGCAAUUAGCUCAGGAGUUCGACACAGUGGAUUUCGUCCAGAUACCAAGAAACCAGAAUAUAGAAGCUGACGAAGUGUCGAAGCUAGCGUCGUCAGAAGCAGGAAUGACGAGCACAGACGUGGCAAUAGAAAUUCAGAAAUACCCAAGUAUUGAAGAGGUGGCAGUACUCACCACCCAGAGCACAAACACUUGGAUGACGCCCUUAAUAUCCUUCCUCCGAGACGGACACUUACCUCAGAAUACUGACGAAGCCAGAAAGGUCAAAAAGAGAGCGGCCAGGUUCACGAUCCUAAAUGACGUAUUAUACAAGAGAGGCUUCUCUAUGCCUUACCUAAAGUGCGUCAACAAGGAUGAGGCCAAAUACAUCCUAGAAGAAGUACACGGAGGAGUCUGUGGCGACCAUGCCGGCCCCAGAUCCCUAGUAAACAAGGUAAUAAGAGCGGGGUACUUUUGGCCAACCAUGCAGGGGGAUGCCGCUGACCUCGUCAGAAGAUGCGACAGAUGCCAGCGGUACGGGAAUGUACAACGGCUUCCAGCAGAGAAGAUGACGACCAUAUCCUCCCCAUGGCCAUUCGCGCAAGCAGAAGCCCUAGCAACCAUCACUGAGGCUCGGAUCCAGAGCUUCGUGUGGAAAAACAUAAUCUGCAGGUUCGGGAUCCCUUUGACGAUCAUAUCUGAUAAUGGGAAGCAGUUCGACAACCAAGGCUUUAGAGAGUUCUGCUCGGACCUCGGGAUCAAGAAUCAGUUCUCAUCCUCGGGACACCCCCAGGCAAAUGGACAGACGGAAGUAACAAACAGGACGUUGCUCAAGAUAAUCAAAACCAAACUGGACGAAGCAAAAGGUGCCUGGCCAGAAGAACUGCCUAGUGUCUUAUGGGCAUACAGGACUACAGCCAGAACCCCGACAGGAGAGACACCUUUCAGGCUUACCUACGGCGCAGAAGCAGUGAUCCCAGUAGAAGUUGGAGUAACAAGCAUCAGGCGAGGAGCUUUCAGAGAGGGACUCAAUGACGAGGGGUUGCGGUUCAACCUGGAUUGCUUGGAUGAAGUAAGAGACAAUGCGUCCAGUAGAAUGACAAAGUAUCAAAAGAAAAUGGCAGAAUAUUACAAUAAGAGGGUCAAACUCAGGCGUCUGGCCAUAGGGGACCUCGUCCUUCGCAAAGUCACUAUAGCUACUAAAGAUCCUACUCAAGGGAAGCUGGGCCCUACAUGGGAAGGGCCAUAUCGCAUCGUUCACUACUCUAGGCAAAGGAGUUACCAUCUGGAAACUAUGGACGGACGAAAGCUCCCUCGUCCUUGGAACAUUGAGCAUUUAAAGAAAUACCAUGAGUAA